AAAAAUCAUGGCGCUAUGCGUGAGGUGGCAUGUGCGAGAUGUUGUCUUACUACUUUGUUUUGUACUAGCCUGCUGUCUUCAAAUUGAAACUAAGAAGGUAAGCGGACGAGACCUCAUCGAGGACGUUGUUGACAUAAAGCAGCACAAGAAGCUUCUUCGCACGAAGAAUGUUCUUAUCCUAUAUACGAAAAACGCUAAGGAAGCUACUGAGCCACUACGAAUAUGCAGCGAUGUUGCAUUGGAACUCAAAGGCCAAGCCACUUUGGCACAUGUUGACUGCUCAGGGGAGGGAAAGAAGCUUUGCAAAAAGCUUAAGGUAGCACCUGAACCGGCAGUUUUGAAACACUACAAGGAUGGCGAAUUUCACAAGGACUAUGACCGGAAGCUGACAGUCACGUCCAUGUCUAACUUCCUAAAAGACCCCACGGGCGACAUACCUUGGGAGGAGGAAGAAGACAGUGCUGAUGUCUAUCACAUUGCUACGAUUGAGGAACUGAAAAGGCUAUUCCAGAAAGAAACGUCACCUGUUCUCAUCAUGUUCUAUGCUCCUUGGUGUUCAUUCUGCAAGAGACUCAAACCAGACUAUGCAAAGGCUGCUACAGAACUCAAGGGUCACUCGGUACUGGCUGCGAUGGACUUGAACAGGCCUGAAAACACAGCUAUUCGUCGACACUACAACAUCACUGUUUGCCCAACGUUCUGUAUUUUGGUAAGGUCUGGAACCUUAAAGCAUCGCUAUGAAGGUGAUAACAACAAGGAUGCCAUUGUUAAGUUCAUGAAAAAUCCACAGCAGCAACCCAAGAAGCAAAAAGAACAAGCUUGGUCAGAUGAGCGUGAUGUUGUUCACUUGACUGAGGAGACAUUCGAGCCAACGCUGCAAAAGAAUCCUUCUGUUCUUGUCAUGUUCUAUGCACCCUGGUGUGGCCACUGCAAGAAGAUGAAACCAGAUGUCUCAGCAGCAGCUACUCUUAAAAGUGAAGGGGUGGCUGGCAUCCUGGCUGCUGUUGAUGCUACCAAAGAAAGAUCACUCGGCUCCCAUUUUAACGUUAGUGGCUACCCAACUGUCAAGUACUUUGAAAACGGUGUCUUUGCCUACGAUGUUAACCUGAGGGUGGCUUCAAAGAUUGUGGAAUUCAUGAAAGAUCCCAAGGAGCCUCCGCCCCCUCCCCCCGAGCAGCCGUGGAGCCAGGUGAAGAGUGAGGUCGUCCACCUCGACGAGGAAACAUUCAAGCCAUUCUUAAAGCGCAAGAAGCAUGCCCUGGUUAUGUUCUAUGCACCAUGGUGUGUUCACUGUAAGAGAGCCAAGCCUGAAUUCCAGGCAGCAGCAGAGGAGCUUAAAGAUGACCCUAAGGUGGCUCUUGCAGCAGUGGACUGCACAGAGCACAGUGGUGUCUGCAAUGCCUACGAUGUUGCUGGCUAUCCUACAUUCAAGUACUUCAGCUAUCUCAAGACAGUAUCUGAGUAUCACAAGGGAAAGACGACAGCAGAUUUUGUGAGCUUCAUUCGAGACCAGAGCGGCACAUCAGCCGCACCCACGCCUGCAGCCACAUCACCUACAACACCGAAACCAAAGCCAAAGUCUUGGUGGGAUGACUUGCCUGGAAGCAACCAUGUCCAUUUGCUAAAAUCGGGAGACUUUCAGUCGUACCUUGACAGCCAAGAAUCUGUGUUGGUGAUGUUUUACGCCCCAUGGUGCAAGUUUAGUCAAGAACUGAAGCCUACUUUUGCUGCAGCUGCUUUACGGUUGUACACCGAGCAAGUACCAGGCAAGCUAGCAGCAGUUGACGCAUCAGAAGAGAAGACCCUCGCUUCCAAGUGGAAAGUAAACAGCCUUCCCGCACUCAAGUAUUACAGGCAAGGAAAGUUUGUUGCCGACUAUGACAAAGGAAAGAACACCGUUGAGGACCUGGUUGCAUAUCUUAAGAGUCCUCCAGUUGCAGCCAAGAAAACCGAGCUAUGAGAUGACACUGCGUCAACGUCGCCUGUCAUAACUUUGGCCAGGCUGUCUAAAGCUCAGUGCUGCAGCAACAUUUCCUGUUCUCAUCCGCGC